AUGCUGGCCCGGAGGAAGCCGGUGCUGCCGGCGCUCACCAUCAACCCCGCCAUCGCCGAGGGUCCGUCCCCUACGAGCGAGGGCGCGUCCGAAGCGAACUUGGCAGACCUCCAGAAGAAGCUCGAGGAAUUGGAGCUAGACGAGCAGCAGAAGAAGCGUCUGGAAGCCUUCCUCACCCAGAAGGCCAAGGUUGGCGAGCUCAAGGAUGACGACUUUGAGCGGAUCUCAGAGCUGGGAGCCGGAAAUGGUGGGGUGGUCACCAAAGUCCAGCACAGGCCCUCGGGCCUCAUCAUGGCCAGGAAGCUGAUCCACCUGGAGAUCAAGCCGGCCAUCCGGAACCAGAUCAUACGAGAGCUGCAGGUCCUCCAUGAGUGCAACUCCCCAUACAUCGUCGGAGAGAUCAAGCUGUGUGACUUCGGGGUCAGCGGCCAGCUCAUUGACUCCAUGGCCAACUCCUUCGUGGGGACACGCUCCUACAUGUCGCCGGAGCGCCUGCAGGGCACCCACUACUCGGUGCAGUCGGACAUCUGGAGCAUGGGCCUGUCGCUGGUGGAACUGUCCAUCGGGAGGUACCCCAUCCCCCCGCCCGACGCCAAGGAGCUAGAGGCCAUCUUCGGUCGGCCCGUGGUCGACGGGGCCGAGGGUGAACCCCACAGCAUCUCACCAAGGCCCCGGCCCCCUGGACGCCCCAUCAGUGGUCACGGCAUGGACAGCCGGCCCGCCAUGGCCAUCUUUGAACUGCUGGACUACAUUGUGAAUGAGCCUCCCCCGAAGCUGCCCAACGGCGUCUUCACCCAGGACUUCCAGGAGUUUGUAAAUAAAUGCCUGAUCAAGAACCCGGCAGAACGUGCUGACUUGAAAAUGCUGAUGAACCACACCUUCAUCAAGCGGUCCGAGGUGGAAGAAGUGGACUUUGUAGGCUGGUUGUGUAAAACGCUGCGGUUGAACCAGCCCAGCACACCCACGCGCACCGCUGUGUGACCGGGCCACCGUCCCUGCCUGCGCCCCCCUCCUGGCCCUGCGCCCC